AUGGAAGUAGAUGAAGAAGAAGCUAGGGCCGAGAUGAAGACGAUUCUAAAAACUUUUCCGAUUGAACUAGAAUUAAUAUACGAUGAAAAGUUUAGCAGUGAGUCGAAUGAUGAAAUUCUUCGACAGAUUAUACCUCGAUUAAUUGAAGCGAUGAAGCCUAGAUAUACUCCACGAUACAGGCAAAAAAAAGCACUACGAGUUAAAGGCGCAAAAUUGCUUUUCGACAAAAAUGAUGAAAAACUGGAGAAUUAUGAUCGAAAAGAACUUUUGAAUGUUUUAAGCGACAACCGAUAUCACUCUCCAGAGUAUUCUGAAUCGGAUGAGGAGCAACCAGAUGGUAAAAGACAUAUCAAUGUUUAUAAUCCGUCUUGGAGAUCUGAAGAGAUAUAUAAUAUCGUCUCUCGUCAUCCACGAGGUGCUCCAAAUUGGACCUACAUGGAGCAGAAUACGCUGGCCGAUACUAACUUUUUUGAGCCGGAAACGCUGAUUCAAACGAUGGAUAAUCUUAUAAUGGCGGAAGAUGUGGAAGUGUCGGCGGAGAUGGACGAAAUAGAGGUAAUAGAAGAUUCGGAACCAACUGGAAUGGAAGAAUCAGAACCAACAGAAGAAUCGGAACCAAUGGGAGUGAAUGAAUCGGAACCAAUUGGAGUGGAAGAAUCGCCGGAAACAGAAGAUGAAACAGACAAAUGGUAUAAAUUUGUACUUUAAUUUUUGUUUUGAGUUUUUGUUAUACUAACUUUUUUUCAAAUUUUGGAUUGAUUCGUCAGUUUUUUUUUUGAUUUUUUUUUUGAAAAUUAUGGGUUUUUUUGUGGAAUUGUGGAUUAGAUUUUUUUAUUAUUUUCGUAUUAUUUUCGUAGGAAAAUUUUACUAUUUUUGUAGGAAAUUUUU